AGAGAGAAAAAAGAUGGAAUGAACGAAGGGCAAAAGGGUAAAACACAAAACAAAACCGAAACGAUUCGUAUUUGUGCCAGAGCAACAUCGUCAAUUCGUCACAAUCCCACAGGGACAGGGAACACACAAACACAGCGUUCGCUAAUCUAAUAGCUACCAUUCUCUCUAUUCUCUCUCAUCCCUCUCUCUAUCUUUUCUCUACCGUGUAUUUGGGCUCUCCAAAAUCGAAAUCACAAUCAAAAUCACCCUUUGGGGGCGACGCUGCCGCUCCUAGUUCCGCUGCUCCUUCUUUCCGGUAACUUCUUCCCGCAUUCACACACCCACCUUUACCUUAUUUACCGGCUAUUCCCGGUCUCCUCUUCCUCCUCCUCCUUUCUCCAAUCACAAUCAUAUAUGGCAAAGCCAAAUUAAUUAACCCAGUUUCCACCCGCGGUUAUAUCAAUUUAAAAUGUUACAUACCUUUUCUCCAUUUAUAUAUUAAAAAAAAAAAAAAGAAAAGAAAAGAUAGAAGAGGCAUCAUUGAUUGUGGCGUGAGAAAGGGGCAGCAUUGGUGGGUUUGAACGUAGAAUGAAAACGGACAAGUGGGCAUUGGCAAAGAGUAUGGGGAGGAUUACAAGGAUUGGGGGUUUCGCAAUUUCUAGAAAAGAAAACCAGCAACAACCUUUAAUUACCUGCACCACUUUCAACAUACUUGCCCCCAUCUACAAACGCAUCAAUCAUGAGGACCCGAGUUGCCGCGAAAGUGAUUACAGAACGUAUUGGUUGGCCAGGAACCACAGCAUAUUGGAUUGGCUCUUGUCUGAGAAGUCUUCCAUUAUCUGUCUUCAGGAGUUUUGGGUUGGAAACGAAGAGCUUGUUAACUUGUAUGAGAAUAGACUUGGAGAUGCUGGUUAUGUUAGUUUCAAGCUUGGGAGGACCAACAACCGUGGUGAUGGUCUUCUGAUAGCAGUGCAAAAGGAAUUAUUUAAUAUUCUUAAUUAUAAGGAGUUACACUUCAAUGAUUGUGGUGAUCGCGUAGCUCAGUUGUUACAUGUUGAGCUGGCUCUUCCAUGUUCACAGUGGAAAAACAGUGAUGUUAGGCAAGAAAUUCUGAUUGUAAAUACUCACCUACUAUUUCCUCAUGAUUCAACCCUGUCCCUUGUAAGACUAAAUCAGGUCUAUAAGAUACUUCAAUAUGUAGAAUCCUAUCAGAGAGAUUUCCACCUCAAGCCCAUGCCAAUCAUGUUAUGCGGUGAUUGGAAUGGAAGCAAACGUGGACAUGUUUACAAGUUCCUAAGGUCGCAAGGGUUUGUAUCAUCUUAUGAUACGGCACAUCAUUAUACUGAUGCAGAUGCAGACAAGUGGGUUAGCCACCGAAAUCAUCGUGGAAAUAUAUGUGCUGUUGAUUUUAUUUGGCUUCUAAAUCCUGACAAAUAUCGAAAACUACUAAAAGCAAGUUGGACUGAAGCAGUGUUUGGCAUGUUCAAGUAUCUGCUGCGUAGAGCUUCACUGACCGAGAAUGAUGCAUUUGCCUUACUAAAGGGUGAAAAUGAAGAUUGUAUUACCUUCUCUGCUUUCCGUGAAGCACUUCGAGAGCUUAAUUUGAUUGGCCAUUGCCAUGGGCUAAGUGAAGAAGAGAUAAAGGAAUUAUGGGUCCAAGCAGAUGUCGAUGGAAAUGGGGUUCUUGAUUACAAACAAUUUCUGCAGAAUAUCUGGAGUUCAACAAAUUUAGACGAGAAAGAUGAGGAGCAGGUCAACAACACAAAUGAUGCUCAGGAGCAAUCAAUUGGUUUCAGUGUUAAGAACGCAGUUCUGUCCCCUCCGGAGGUGGAGAAAGGUAGAUGGCCUGAAGAUUAUUCUCUCUCUGAUCACGCACGACUCACCGUAGAGUUCUCACCAAUAAAAAUGCUAUGCUCCCAGUUGAUUUGCUAAUAAAGCUUGGAGGCAUUGUGUAGCUUAGGUUUUAGAAUUAAGACUUGUGUACAUAGAUUCUAACAAGGUAAUUGAAUGGGUGAAAGAAGUAAAAUGGAUCAGAAAGGUUACUGGAGUUCCCAUUAUGGGAAGACUUUAAACAGCCCUGUGAUCUCUCAGUCUCUCACACUCUUGCAACGCAUAGACAGCACAAGCAAAAACUCAAAGUGGACAAAUUUGAAGUUACAUCACUCUAGUAUGCUCAUACAUAUCCGUUGAAUUGCUGAUUUUAAUAUUUGCAGUAAGCGACAUUCAUCCUCCCCAUGUUGUUUUAUUCAUUUAUUCUUCAUUGUUCAAAGAAUGGACAACAGGGUAGAAAUGAUAGAAAAGGGAAAAAAAAAGAAAAAAAAAAGAAGAAAAGAAAAACAAUUGAUGUAUAUAGUUGUGUAUACUGUAGAGGAGUUAGGCAUCAGCCCUUUUUGUAGCUUUGGUGAGAUGCACCGUCUAGCUAUUGAAACAGAGGAGGGUUCAGACACAAGUGUAUACAGUGACAUAUUUCACUCUCUCUGUAGAGUUUUGAAAUGUUCAAAUUGUACAAAAAAUGAUAAACUUUAGAGUUUCUCUCUA